ACAUGUUGUGUGAAAUGGUGAUGGAUUUAGAUCAUAAACCUCCACCACAAGAACUAGACAAGAAAAUCAGUAAAACCCAAAUAUCCAACUAUGUUUGCUCUUCACAGGAAUACAGCAAUGGCGGUAUCUUUAUCUAAGCACUGGCACUGUUUCUUUGCUUUUCCAUCCAAACUCUCGAAUUUCUCUCCCAAUUUCAACACUACGUUUUCUUCCAUUAUCGCUAAGCGCCAUUUCAAUCUAUUUGCUCUAUACCCAUCUUGUAACUCCCGUAAUCCCCGCUAUGGAAAUAGGAUUUGUGGGGUAUCCAACGCGAAUAUCUCUGCGGUGGCCACCAAUUUUACUGAAACAGCCACUAUUUCGGAGGAAGAAGAAAAAUAUGGUGAAGCACAGAAUGGAAAAAUUGUUCUACCCACUAAUGAAUCGUCUGAGGGACUCCUCAGGAUUCGCCACACGUGUGCUCAUGUAAUGGCCAUGGCUGUGCAAAAGCUUUAUCCAGAUGCAAAAGUGACCAUUGGUCCGUGGAUUGAGAAUGGCUUUUAUUAUGACUUUGAUAUGGAGCCUUUGACGGAUAAGGACCUUAAGAGAAUUAAGAAGGAAAUGGAUCGCAUCAUUGGUCGAAAUUUACCUUUGGUACGAGAAGAAGUUAGCAGAGAUGAAGCCCAGAGAAGAAUAAUGGCUGUUAAUGAGCCGUACAAGAUGGAGAUUUUGGAAAGCAUCAAAGAGGAUCCUAUCACAAUCUAUCAUAUAGGUACACACUUGCUAUUUCUUUUAUAAAAGAAAGUGUGUUUUGUAACUAUUGCACCACCAGAUUUCGAGCUUAUCUUCGUUGCCAACUGUUUCACUAUUUGUCAGAUACUUAUCUAAUUGAUUUUAUAAUGUUGGAGUCUAGAUAUGAAAGAAACUACCAUGUGAACCAUAUGAUACCUUGGCUAGUUAUAUUUUCCAAAACUGGUCGUUUAUGUUUUAGUUCAUCUGUUCUAAAUGGCCAACUUUUCUUCAUGAUGAGUUGAGUGAUUUGGUGGACUAUAGAUGCCUGCACAAAAGAAGGUAGUGUGUAUGAGCACGUGUGCGCUUAUGGCUUGUGUGGUUGAUGAGGCUAUUAAAGAGGUCACAGGCUGUCCAGAAACUUAUGGACCCAUGUAGAUGGAGAAUAAUAUGUGAUCUAGAACGUGAAUAAGAGUCAUUGUUGCUUGUAGUCAUUGUUGCUUGUAGGAUGAGGAGUUUCAAGUACGUAUGAUAAUCACUGCAUAGUAACAAAUGGGUCGAAGUAAAUUUCAAAAACAUGGUUAUGGGGUGCAAGCUGGAGUCAUCUAGAGGAGGUAUAUGCUAAAGAAGAAGAAGAUAUAUUUGCAUUUCCAAGCUGGAGUUUUCCCUUCGCCUCUUUUCUAACUUGGAAGUGCUUACCCGCCGUAUUGGAUUAAAGUGAACAACCUUACUGGGGUCAAGUUAAUGUAAAAUUUUGAGGUUUCUAAGAUGAUUUUUUUGGGAUAAGGAUGGAUGAUAUUUUUUGAUGUUGGGAUUUUGUUAAUUUGAAGUUCCCUGCUAGCUGCUUCAUUAUGUCUAAUGACUUCACCAGAAAGAAGUUUCAACAGAAACAUUUUGAUAGUACCCCUCUUUACUCAGCUUCAAUGUUGGCUUCACUGCUGUAAAUUAUCACUCUAGUUGACUGAAGAAAUCAAAAAGGUGUUUAAGAAGGUGAUUUACUUGAACUCAAGCAAAAGACAAAUUCCAAGGCUUUUAGCAAGGCCCGGUCUCUCCCCCUUUCCUAACAGAAAAUCAGUACUUGAAUGAAUCCUACAUUCCCCUCCCCUUCACAUGUAUUGGCAUUUCCCUACUAUAAUACUGUUACAAUUUUACCCUUCUCCUAACUAAGUAGACACUAUGGAAUAGUUGAUGACUUGGCUGCCCCUAUAUUGGUUGUAUCCUUGCAAUCUGACUGAAUACCUAUCGUUACCUGCUGCCUCAUAAGCCACCUUGUCCUCACGGUAGAAGUGUGGUUCAACUUCAAAAUUCGAAAUUCCAUCAACGCCACUGUAAAUGUGAUUGUAUUGUUGCUCGUUGUACAUCUCCUUCAGGUAUCCCCUUAACAAUUUCCUUUUCGCAUCCUGCAGCCCUUUAUUUUUACGAUGAUGCUGAUAGACCCCCCGUCAUCCACAUAUAUUCUAGAAGAUCUAAGAAGGUGGAGGGAGCAGAUGGGCGGGAACACUAGCAACUGAAUUAGUUACACAAACAGAGGUUGUUACCUAGAGGCUUAUAAAUAAGAGGGUAGGGAGAACUAGUAGGCAGGCAAUUAGAAAGUGAGAGAAGGAGUCAUUAUUGGUUUACAGCCUUCUGUAGGCUUCCUUUUUUUUUAAUACGGUUCUGUACUUCAAUCUUAUUUCAAUAAAGAGUUGUUGAUUUUGUUCUUCUCAAUGGAACCUUAACAGAUGCCCAAUUGUGUUCUUCUCCCUCCACCGAUGGUAUAAUCAUUUCCUUGAUUGCAGCAGUUUAGCGUAACUGGGCCUUAAAAUUGGAGUAAUUAGAUUAUUUUUAGGACUGCACAUAGUUUUUGGGCCAUUUAUCUUUAUUUUAUUUAAGUCCACUCCAACUUCAGCUGGUUUGAUUGAAAUUAUGCAGGCCUUCUCUUGUUGGGCUAUCUCUAUAUCUUAGCUUAAACCCUUAAGGCUUUGCAUCAUGACUUCAGCCCUAAUGACUGGUUUCAGCCCACUAAUAACUCUGCCUUCUAUCAUUGCUUCAGAACUUGCCGGCAAUGGAGCUGCAAGUACCUCAAAUUGCCUCAUGUACUCCCUGACUAUCUCCUUUCGAUUCAACGCUGAAAACUUACCCAGAAUUGUCCCUUCUUGUGAUGGCUGAGAGGAGCAAAAAUUUUUUUUGAACUUUCUCGCUGCUGGAUCUCUCUAAAAAUCCUGCCAGCGAGCUUAUCUACAACUAACACUGGAA